GCUUUGUGUUGGCGCUGUUCCUUGUGGGUUGCGCCCAAGUGCAGGCACAGGCAACAUUAUGCGCUACUGCACCACAGUACAGUUUUGUGCCUCACGAAACCGACUGCUGGCGUUACUACACGUGCGUCGGAGGUCAGGGCUUUUUGCAGGAGUGCCCGUUACCGUUUAUCUUCGUCGCAGCGACACAGAUGUGCGAUUUCGGUGAUCGUAACGCAUGCGUAGUGUGCCCAGCAACCGGCGUGCAAAACUUCCCGGUGGAAGGUUCCUGCACAAGAUUCGUCCAAUGCAUCGAAGGGACCGAGUUCCCGCGCGAAUGUCCCGCAGGAACUCAGUUCGAUAAAACCGUGGGCCAAUGUAACCUAGCAUCGGUUGUCGGGUGCACCGAACUAGAUUGCCCAGCCGUAGACGAUCCGCUCAACCCAGUCAUCAGGCCGGAUCCCUACAACUGCCGGGUGUACUUCAUCUGUGUCUCGGGCCAAGGUAUUCAACAAACGUGCCCCAUCGGAACCAGAUUCAACCCUGCGUUGGGCGUGUGCGAUCUUGAGGUUAACGUGCCUUGCCCUUCAACCCCCGGUACUCCCAAUACCACCACUGGACACUACUGCAUGAACAACCACGGUAUGGCUCUGCGUCCAAUUCCAAACAACUGCAACUCGUACGUAAUGUGCCUGAAUGCGGAACCCCACAUCAUGACUUGCCCUCUCGGAAAGUCCUUCGACAUGGAGGCCAACGUCUGUAUGGACGCCGACAUUGCCAAGUGCCGUCUAGAUACGAAGAGCCUAUGUGGCGAUGGGUCAACCUCAACGGUGCCCUAUCCUAAUAGCUGUACGAAGUAUCUCCUCUGCAUCAACAAUGAAGCGUUCGAAAUGGAAUGCCCUUCUCACGAGCGGUACGAUACGCUGACCAAUCGGUGCAUUAAUACGAAUGAUGCGCUGUGCUCGCUGAGCACUCCGCUCCUGCUCGCCGAUUCCAAACCGUUCGCCAAUCCUUGCGCAGGCAACGUUGGGGUUAACUACGUGCCCGAUCCUACCAACUGCCAACGAUACUAUAUGUGCAUUCAGGCAGACGGUUUCGAAAAUACUUGCCCAAAUAAUCAAAUAUUCGACGUAGUCUCCAAAGGCUGUGGGCCCGUUGGUCAGUCAACGUGCGUUCUGGACCAAGGUAGUGCUCCGGUCGAAAAUCCCAGCAACCCAUGUAGCGGAAACUCCGGUAUCGCUUACAAGCCACAUCCUGAAGACUGUUUGCGUUACUACAUGUGCAUGGACACGCAAGCCAUCGAGCGAGUCUGCGGCACUGGCGAAGUGUUCGACAUCAAUCGUAGCAUGUGUGGCACCCGACAAACAUCUACCUGCAUACUGGACGCUUUGAAUCCUUCGCCACCAGCAGCUGAAAGUAAUCCGUGCGGAAACAAUGUAGGCAUUGGAUACUUGCCACACCAGGGAGACUGCACCCGCUACUACAUGUGCAUGGACACGCAAGCAAUCGAGCGCACCUGUUCGGUCGGCCAGGUAUUCGAUAUCUAUAGCCUAGUCUGCAGCACUCGAGAGACGUCCACGUGUAUACUGGAUCAACCGGGA